AUGGAUCGGUACCUGCUGCUGGUGAUCUGGGGGGAAGGCAAAGUUCUGUCGGCGGCCAGUGGGGAGACGCAGCUCGGACCAGGAACGCCGUGGGUUGGGGGCACCGAAAAGCAACCCGACUUAACAGCAGCUGCAAAUGUUUAUCACCUCCUGAAAAGGAGCAUUAGUGCUUCAAUUAAUCCAGAAGAUAGCACUUUCCCUGCCUGUUCAGUGGGCGGUACACCUGGUUCCAAGAAGUGGUUCUUUGCCGUGCAGGCAAUCUGUGGAUUUUAUCAGUUUUGUAGUUCUGACUGGGAAGAGAUACAUUUUGAUACAGAAAAAGAUGAAAUUGAGGAUGUUCUUCAAACAAAUAUCGAAGAAUGCUUGAGUGCUGUUGAAUGUUUUGAGGAAGAAGAUAGUAACAGCAGGGAGUCAUUGUUCUUGGCUGAUCUAUAUGAAGAAUCUGCAGAAAAUUUGCAUCAGUUAUCAGACAAGCUUCCUGCACCUGGUAGAGCAAUGAUAGACGUGCUACUACUGCCCUCCGACAAAGACCCUCCCAAGCUGAAGGACUGUUUACCUGCCGUAGGAGCAUUGAAGCAUCUGAGAGAAUGGCAUGCAGCAAAAAUUACAGUCGCAGGAAAUUGUGGUGAAACAAAUUGUCAGAAAAUUACAGAAUACCUUUCUGCUAAUGUUGUGUCAUUAGAAGAUCUCAGAAAUGCAAUUGACUCCAAGGAGUUAUGGAGGGGAAAAGUUCAGAUAUGGGAAAGAAAGUUUGGAUCUGAAAUUAGUUUUCCUGAAUUUUCAUUAAAGGGAGUCACACCUAAGAUUUUUAGUACAUCUAAUGUAAAUACUUGCUUUCUUGCCAAAAAUAUAAUACCAUCAAAGAAUAAGAAUAUUUUGCCAAAGGUUUUCCAUUAUUAUGGCCCUGCUUUAGAAUUUGUGCAGCUGAUACAAUUAUCAGAUCUCCCCUCCUGUUACAUGUCUGACCUUGAAUUUGAGUUAGGAUUGACAAAAAACAAUACCAAGCAGAAUUCCACACUGCUGUUGGAACAGAUUUCGUCUCUGUGUGGCAAGGUUGGUGCUCUUUUUGUAUUGCCUUGUACUGUUAGUAACAUACUUAUUCCACCUCCCAACCAACUCAGUUCAAGAAAAUGGAAAGACUAUAUAGCUAGAAAGCCCAAGACAAUUAACGUUCCAGAUGUUGAAGUGAAAGGGGAGUGUUGUAGCUAUUAUUUCUUGUUACAAGGUAGUGGCAAUAGAAAAUGUAAGGCGACAUUGGUUCACUCCGCCAACCAGAUCAAUGGCUCAUUUGCACUCAAUUUGAUUCUUGGAAAGAUGAAAUCAAAGACAGAAGAAACCGAACCGAGCUUUCCUUUUGACUUCUUGUCACUUCCACAUUUUUCUGGGGAGCAAGUUGUACAAAGAGAGAAACAGUUAGCCCAUGUUCAAGCUUUGGCUUUGGAAGAAUGUCUGAAAAGGAGAACGUUGACAAAGGAACCUGAAGCAGUUUCUGUUGAAGAGCUCAAAACUCUGUUAAUACUCACAAGGGAGCACUUCGUAGAUCAGUUUAAUGCUUCUGUCCCUAAAACCAUUCUACAUGAUACUAUCCCAGUGGAACCUGAUUCUUCAAGUCUAAUGGAAACCAAUCCUAUGGAAUGGCCAGAAAGGCAUGCUCUUCAAAAUUUGGAAACUUUUGAAAAAGCUAAACAAAAAUUGAGAACUGGGUCAUUACCUCGCUCAUCUGAACAGUUGCUGGGCCACAAAGAGGAUCCACGGGACUCCGUGACAUUAUUGGACGCUAAAGAAUUGCUUAAGCACUUUACCUCAGAUGGAUUACCAAUCGGAGAUCUUCAGCCUUUACAAAUUCAAAAGGGGGAAAAGACUUUUACUCUGACACCAGAACUUACUCCAAGGAAGCUUCGGGUCUUACCUUUUGAAAAAGCUUCAGUCUGCCAUUAUCAUGGAAUCGAAUAUUGCUUGGAUGACCGAAAAGCUUUAGAAAGAGAUGGGGGAUUUUCUGAACUGCAGUCUCGUCUUAUUCGCUAUGAAACUCAGACGACCUGCACUAGAGAAGGUUUUCCGGUGCCCACUGUGUUGAGCCCUCUUCCGUCUCCUGCCAUUUUGUCAGAGCCUGGAAGUGUUCCUGACGGAGAAGCUUUACAAAGCGAACUCCGAGCUGAAGUCUCCCGACUGAAACGGCGAUCAAAGGAGCUGAAUUGCCUUUAUCCCAAAAGAAGACUUGUGAAAUCUGACAGUUCAGAUUCUCUCCUUUCUCAAGCAAGUGGCAAUAGGCGUCAUCACCACCACGCAGUGACAUCCAGAAGGCCGCCAGCAAAACGGUCGGUGUCGAUGACUAGUCCAUCGGUCCCAAAUCCUAACAUGGAAGCCACAGAAGUCAUUACCAAGGCCAGAUCCGGUCAAAAAAGUGUGACGGAAUUAAAACCCUCAAGGCAAAUUAAGGAGUCAAGAUCACAGAAACACACACGGGUAUUGAAAGAAGUAGUUACUGAAACUCUGAAGAAACACAGCAUUGCUGAGACCCAUGAGUGCUUCACGGCCUGCAGCCAGCGUCUCUUUGAAAUCUCCAAGUUCUAUCUAAAG